AUGUUUGGUACCAUGGGCUAUGCAGCGCCCGAGGCGUUGGGAUACUUCGAUGAGGACGACGCUACCAUUACGUACACCAUAUCGGUGGACAUCUGGGCCGUUGGCACCAUCGCCUUGACGCUCCUACUAGGACGGGAUGUAUUUCCUCGCCAGGGGGACCUUUCGAGAUAUGUUAACCAGCAGAGGGCACUCGACUUUGCCCGAGAAGAGGGUGGCGAGCUCAGUGAUUCUUGCCGGGACUUUGUCACACGGAUGCUUGCACCACAUCCUGUAACACGACCUACUGCCAUCGCCGCCCUAGCCCAUCCGUGGUUGAAACAAGCAAUUCUCCCGCCGCCGCCACUCGACGAUGAUAACGAGAUACAUGUUCCCCAACAUACAAGUCAGAGUGAUAGUGCUUCGCCGCCAACCGCACAUCGCAUCAAAGAAGAGUCCCCGUUAAGACAAUCUCCUCGAUACUCUCCGGUCAAACUGGAACUGUAUCCGACAAGAGAUUCGGCAUCAAUCGAACGGAUAAAUCACUUUCUCUCUUUGGACAACACCCUGCUCACGCCUAAGCUCAGGACUGUCCUUUCUCCCGAGAACCGAUACUUCAUCCUUCGCUCGGACAACGCUACCGAUAUUGAAACUAGUGCCGCGCAUGACGUGUGGACUUCCAGCUCGCGCGUCAACAAUAUGCUUGACAAGGCCUAUGCCCUAUCAGGGGGCCAUGUCGUGAUGCUAUUCUCUGUCGUCCUGAGCCGUAAGUUCUGCGGCAUCGCCCGCAUGACGUCGCCCCUCGACUGGGACAACACGGAUCCGCAUUGGGUCGAGGACGUCUGGGAAGGGCGGUUCACGUUGGAAUGGCUGAGUCUCAUCGAGCUCCCGUUCGAUGGUGUCAAACAUGUGCCCGUCAAGGAAAGCACGCCAGGGUUCCGGGCAAUCUCGUGUUAUGACGGAACGCAGAUCUCGAGGGGCAGCGCGUGGGAACUGUUCCGCGCGUAUAGUGCUGAGGAGAGAAGGCAGCAACUGUGA